GCCCCCUUUCCCUCUAACCCGCAAUGCAAACCAUGAGCGAGCUUUCAACCAGAAAGCCGCAACGAGAGGGGGUGUGGCCGCUAAAGGCUUACUCUAGGGUUCCUAACCCUAUGUCGUGUCACCGGAAGUUGCCGCUCUAGCCUUUCCUUUUUGUAUGCUCUCCCUUCCUGUUGGGGCAGAAGCUGUCGGAGGAAGCGUGGAGAGUUGAGAGUUUCUGGGGAAGGGGAUUCUCAAAGGGCGACAGCAGAAGGGAGGAAGGAAAGGAGCCGUUUCCACACACAGCAUUAAUGAUAAGACCAACACUUCGGAAGACAAGGGUGAAGAGAAGCAGCAGCUGACCACGAUGUGUGAAGUAACGGACAGUAAUGAAGGAGAAAGGGUGGAGAUCAAGGAAGAAGAAGGCGAUGCAGAGUUGGACCUUUCUACCCAAGAUGUUGCCAAGAAGGUUGUGCCUGGCAUAAUCUACCUUGGUCACAUCCCUCCCCGCUUCAGGCCCCGGCAUGUCCGCAACCUCCUUAGUGGCUACGGCGAGGUGGGACGUAUUUUCCUGCAGCCUGAAGAGCGAUUUAUACGGAAGAAAAAGAAGAAAGCUGGAACCAAUGCCAAGAACUUCACAGAAGGCUGGGUGGAAUUCCGGGACAAGCGUGUGGCGAAGCUGGUAGCUGCCAGUUUGCACAACACGCCAAUGGGUGUCCGCAAGAGGAGCCGGUUCCAUCAUGACCUGUGGAAUAUGAAGUAUCUGCACCGCUUCAAGUGGACUCACCUGAGCGAGCGGCUGGCGUAUGAGCGCCAAGUGCAGCAACAACGCAUGCGCGCUGAGGUCUCACAGGCCAAGCGUGAGACUAAUUUCUACCUGCAGAACGUGGAGAAGAGCAAACGCUUUUCCAAGAAGGACAGUCGGGGAGAGCAGGAGGACAAGAGCUGGGGCUUCGUACAGCGUCGCACCGAGGAGGAAAUCCAGACCAGCAAGGGGAACAAGCGUCUCCGAAAGCAGCUGGCCAAGGCUGCGGAGAUCCAGGAGAAAUCCCAGUCAAACCGCUCUCUGCUAGCAAAGAUCUUCAACACUCAGCAGUAGUUGCUAGGCCUGAAGAGUACAGGACUUGACCAUGGUUUAUUUAUUUAUUUUUUAAUUUUUAUUUACCUUAGAUUUAUAUCCCGCCCACUCCAGAAGUGGACUCAGGGCGGCUAACAGUCAUAGUAAAACCAACAAUUUCAGUUACAGAUUUAAAACGGCAAAACGUGAACAAUUAACAAUUUAAAAACUAGGUAUUUGGUGCUAUACAAAAUCUUGAACAUAGGCCGAUCAGAUUAUCUGUUGGUGGCCCUUCUGGUGGUGUUGCUCAGCAGCACAGAAGUGGCAGCUUUCUCCCACUUUUAGGCCUGUCGGAAACGUUCGGUUUUACAAGCCCUGCAGAAUUGGGAGAGAUCCAGCAGGGCUCUUACGGCUUCCGGGAGAGCAUUCCACAGCAUUGGUGCUGCCACUGAGAAGGCCCUGGCCCGGGUAGAGCCUAGUCUGGCCUCCCUUGGUUCGGGGAUGGACAGCAGUUUUUGAGUUCCCAAACUCAGUGCUCUCUGGGGAACAUAUGGAGAAAGGCGGUCCCAUAGAUAGGCAGGUCCUUGGCCAUAUAGGACUUUAAAAGUCAAGACCAAUGAUGUUGGUCUAACUGUUGGCAGUUCUUUCUCUUAUAUGCCGAACUGAUGUGGGACACUGUCAGAGCAAACAAAAAAUAAAAAAUAAACUGCUUAUGUUGUCAUAUUUUACAGACAUGCUGAGGAUAUGAAACUUACUUGGGGGUGAGUGGUCCUGGUGUGCAGAAUCCCUCUUCAGGAAGCUGUCUGAUUCUGUGGGGCCAGCAUAGAAUCUUUCCCCACUGGGGAUCUGGGAGGAGUGUAACUUUUUCACUUCUUCCCAUGGUCACUGGGGUUGGUGCUGACCAUGUGGGGGAAGACGAGGUGACGUUCUCUAGAAUGCAGUUGCCGACAUUACAUGUAAACUUUUCUCCUCUUUCAAAAGUGUGGCAAUUUAGAGGAACAGGCCUAGCUCUCAUUUCCAGAACUUUGUAUAGUUUGUGGAAUAUCAAAGUAUUUUUCACUUGCAGCACUGAUUCAAAGUGAGAAGUGUCAAGUAAGAAUCCUAAAUUCUUUUGAGGGUAAAGUAUAACUUUUAAGAAAAUAGUUUUUGGCUGAUAUUUCAAAUACUGGCUGGACUAAGUUUUCCUGGAUUGAAAAGAUACCUUUCCUAAAAUUGUUGCAUUUGGGCUUGCUUAACAUCUUAAAAUGUCCAAAUCUUGUUAAUUAAGAGCACAAGGCUAUUAAUAAAAAUCACUUAUAGCAUUGGUGGUAUGUGGUGCACUGGCAAUUAUCUUUAAUGUUCAGCAUUUUUCUUGGGGACCAGAUAUCGAUUGAAUGUUGGUAGAUAAUACUAAUAAAGAAUUUUAUUAAAGGA